AUGAAGGUCCUAUCUAUUUUCACUACGGCACUCCUGUCUCUGGCAGUUGUCGGAACGCCUAUCCCAGACGAUAGAGCAGCCGCCCACGAAGCGUUAAUCGCGGACAGGCGUGCUCAGCGACAAACCGCCGCAAGUGCUAUAUCUGCACGCGACGCUGAAGCUGAAAGCGUUGGCCUGCUCAAGAGAGCAGAGCUUAAUUGCGAAAUCGUCAACGUCGUGACUACUGUUGACUGCCACUAUUGGCCCACCCAUGCAUCCACAUGGAAUGGCCACUCCAACCACGUCGUGACCUCGUUCGGGCCUUCAACUAAACACGAUUUCGAUUGCUAUUUGAAUGGUCAGACAGUUGGAGGAGUUGCGUAA